AUGAUCAUCGAGAUCAUCAAUGAGUCCGAGUUUUCAUUCCAAAGGGACGGAGACUGGCUGAAAGCGGGCGAGUUCAAGUCGGACAAAGCCGCGCUGAUCCCCGCAAAGUCGCAAACCAAUGUGGAGAUAUCACCUUCUGCAGUGGAGGGCGUCUCUGGCGUCGCGUGGUGGGUAGAUGUGAAUGCCGGGCGGAGCGUGUACCUGUCCAUGGCGCUGACCAAGAUGCCUCGUCUCGGGAAGCCGACUUUUCUUUGCUUUGCAGGAUUGCCUCCGGCAAACCUCAAGACGCAGCUGUCAUCGGCUGCCAAACUGGAAUCGGGGGACGCCUUCACACCAGGCACUGGUUGUGAAUGGGUAGGGACUGACGAAGGUGUGCGAGUGAGGAUCCUACCAGAGCUAGAUGAGUUUGCGCCACCGACAGCUGCUGAUCUUUGCGUCAAGGAGAAGAAGAGGAGAACGCAGAAAAUCUGA